GGGGUGAGGAUGCUGAGCGUGUCAAACCUGUCGGCCUCCCAGCUCGACAAACCCAACUCCUACAUCACCGUGCUCUUCAGAGGGAAAAAGAAGAGGACAGCCUUAACUGAGGACGAGAGGCACGCUCGAUGGAAUGAGACCCUGGAGUUUAAGUUGAAGGGAACUCCGUUGGAUGAGAAAUCGUCAUUCCAGAUCCAUCUGAAGAUAAACGACAAGAUUGGGAAGGGCAGAGUCAUUGGCUCCACCACCGUCCGUCUCCUCAACUUGAUCGGAAAUCAGAUAAAGACAGUGAACUUCGACAGCGUGGCUCUGACCGACAAGAAGAAACGGUUCUUUCUCGAUACCUACUUGUCGCUCCAGACGACGCUGAGCUUCCAGGUAGUCUACGACCCUCCGGCAAAGGCGAAUCAGGAAAACCGUGGCACCGGGAAACAAGACAGCCAGGCCGGCCGGGAGAGGGAGAAGGAGCUGGCGGCGGGAGAUGAGAGCUCAUUGCCGCUCAGACAGGACCUGGCCCUCUCACCGGAUCGGGAGACGGGCAGGAAAGUCUCCAAACUGUCCCGCAUCCUCUCCGACAAGCCCCAGGACUUCCAGGUUCGGGUCAGGAUUGUGGAAGGCCGACAGCUACAAGGAGCUGACAUCCGGCCUGUGGUGAAGGUGUACGUGGGAGAGACCGUCUUCAGAACCCGGGUCAAGCGAGGAAACAACCCUUACUUCGAAGAGAUUUUCUUCCAGAAUUUCCACGGACUGCCCUCCGAAAUCUUCAAUGAAAUUAUCCACAUUCAGGUUUUAAACUCCCACUCGCUCCGGGCUGACUCCAUCCUGGGAAUAUUCAAGCUGGACAUUGGUACGGUGUACGAUCAGCCAGGUCACGCAGUGCUCAGGAAGUGGUUGUUGCUGUAUGAGCCAAACGAGGUCAAUACGUUGGCCAAAGGCUACCUCAAGGUCAGCAUCAUUGUGCACGGAGCAGGAGACGAGGUGCCGAUUGACAAGAAAGGAACUGAGGAAGAGGAUGAUGUGGAAAGUAACCUGCUCCAGCCGGCUGGCAUCCACUCUCGUUGGGUAACCUUCAUCAUCAAGAUCUACAGAGCAGAGGACAUCUUACACAUGGAGAAGAAAAUUAUGACAAAUCUGAAGCAGUUUUUGGGGUCAGAGGCUGAGAGAAAGGAGACUGUGGAUUCCUUCGUGGAAGUCAGUUUUGCUGGUAAUAAGAUCGCCACAAAAGUCAUCGAGAAUCAAAUCAACCCGGAGUGGAACCAAGUCAUUAACCUCAAGAGCCGGUUCCCGUCCUUGUGUGAAAAUAUUCGGCUCACGGUGCGAGACCGGAGUAAAGGCAACAAGCACAACGCGCUGGGAACUGCGCAACUGAGCAUCUCGAAGAUCUCGUCAACUGGAACAGGAGUGGAAGGGGAGGAGUCAACGGGAUUUCUUCCUGCUUUUGGACCCUGUUUCCUGAACCUUUAUGGCAGCCCCCGGGACAGCAGUGACCGGGGCGAGAAAUACGACGAGCUCAACACAGGCAAAGGCGAGGGUGUGUCCUACUGUGGGCGGAUCCUGGUGGAGUUGAUCACGGAGACGGAUGAGCUGCCGGAGAAGAAACUGGAUGACCUCCCGCCCGGGGACUGCAUCGCCGUCCAGCGGUUCCUGCAGUGCCGGAAGUUCAGUGUGUGUGCCACGUUUUACUCGGCGACGCGGAUGCAGGAGGUACGGGAACCGGUGCAGUUCGAGGUCAGCGUCGGCAACUACGGUAACAAGUACGACACGUCCUGCAAACUACACGCCUCCACCACGCAGUACAGCCGCGCCAUGUACGAUGGGAAUUACUACCAUUAUCUGCCGUGGAACGGUAUCAAACCCGUCACCGCUGUGACCUCCUGUUGGGAGAACGUCACAAACCGACUCGAGACCCUCAACAUCCUCCUCAAAGUCACCGAUCGACUGAAAAGGAACUUUGAGGGGGUCAAAGUGGCCUCGACUUCCGACGAGAACGUCGCUGGACUGUGGGGGAAGAUGAUCGACGGCGUCAUCAAAGACUGUAGCCGCCCUUUGCCGGAGCCCGAGACCCUGCCCCACGUCACUGUCCUCGACCACCACCUGCACCAGCUCCGCUCGGCUGUGCUCCGUAGACUCCGUCGGGCGGCCAAGAAACUGAAGGAGGAGGGUGACAGUGUCCAGGGCUCUCUGCCUCAGGUGGAGGAGUGGAUCGAGGCACUAACCACCAUUGCCGAGGAGCCGCAGAACGGUUUGCCCGACGUGAUCGUUUGGAUGCUGGUGGGCGAGAAGCGAGUGGCGAGCGUCCGGAUCAAAGCUCACACCGUGCUGUACACCAGAACCAGCUCCUUCUCUUCGGGGCAGUUCUGCGGAAGGCUCCAAACCGUCUUCCUCAAGUACCCGAUGGACAAGAGCUCUGAGAAGCGCAGUGCAGCCCAGCUCAGGCUCAGGGUGUGGAUGGGUUUGGCCACCGACGAGACGGAGUUUGAGAAGUUCACAGAAGGGAAGUUUUUCGUUGCGGCCGAGAGGUAUGAAAACCAGGCGAAGGUGAUGGGUCACUGGGGUACCAGUGGACUGUUCCAGCACCCGCCUUUCUCCGAUGCGAUGGGCAAGAUCCGAUUGUCCAAGAAGGACUUCCACCCCCUGAAAGGCUGGCAGUGGGACGGCAAGUGGACCAUCGAUCCCGAGAGGUGUUUGCUGUUUGACCCCGACGCGGGACACAACGAGUUUAUGGACGAGGUGUUCGAGAACGAAGCGCGCUCGGUGGAGGAGGAGUGGGGUCCAGCUGCCGAGCAAUACACAGACAUUAAAGGCCGGAAACACCUGUCAAAGGAGGAGAUGGAAAUGCCGGCCGGGUGGAGAUACCAGGAGCCAUGGACAACCGAUAUUAACCGGGCAGUGGAUGAGAACGGCUGGGAGUACGGGAUCAUUGUGCCCCCAGACAAGCAGCCCAAGUCCUGGAAUCCCAGCGAGAAAAUGUACCACAACCACAGGCGGCGGCGCUGGGUACGAAGUCGAGUCCGGACGGCAGAGAAAUCUCCAGCAAAGAAAGCCCUGGAUGAGAUUAACGCGGAGGGCUGGGAAUACGCUCCUCUGUUUGGUUGGAAGUUCCACGUGAAGCAGCAGAAGACGGACGCCUACAGGCGCAGACGCUGGCGGAGGAUCAUGAUCCCAGAGCAGCCGAUUGGCGUGGAAUCCAUCUUCAAGCUGGAGGGUUCCGUGUGUAAGAAACGGAAUGCCGAGGACUCGGAGGAGGAGGACGGUGAGAAAAAGAGCACGGACGUCCAGGAAUUCUACGGGAUGACGGCUCCCUUCAUAUCCUGUAUCCUGGAGAUGUCCGUCCUGUUCCAGUUGCGAGCCUACAUUUACCAGGCUCGAGGGCUCCUGCCACAGGACAGGAGCUGCUCUUCAGACCCCUACGUGCAGGUGUCGUUCCUUCAUCGCAGCAAACGGACGGAGGCAAUACGGGGUUCAGUGAACCCCACGUGGGACCAGACCCUGGUGCUGGAGGAGAUAGAGGUCUACGGCAAACUCCGUGAGGUGUCGACCCACCCCCCCUUCGUCAUGUUGGAGGUGUUCAACGGCAAUUAUGUCUGUAAGAACGAAUUCCUCGGGAGCAGCCUGUGUGUGCCGAGCAUCAGGCCGGACCCCGGCAGCACCGACACCCCCAUCCUGCACUGGCGUCCGCUACAACGGGCAGACAAACCCUGCGGAGAAAUCCUCGCCAGCUUCGAGCUGCUGCAGAAAGAUCCGAAUCACGAUAGGAACCUACCUCCGUUACCCCCCAUGAAGGACGCAGACACCUACAUGGUGCCAUUGGGGGUUCGGCCGAUGCUACAGCUCACAGCUAUUGAGAUCCUGGCCUGGGGAGUGAGGAACAUGAAGAACUACAGUCUGCUGAAGGUGAGCAGCCCCAGCUUGGUGGUGGAGUGCAGUGGGGAGGUCAUUCAGACACUUCCCAUCAAGAACAUCCGCAAGAACCCAAACUUCUCCAAACACGUCUACUUCAUCACAGUGUUCCUCCCCACAGACCCCGUGUACAGCCCCCCCAUCGUCAUCAAGGUUAUCGAUAACCGGGCGUUUGGGCUCAAACCUGUGGUGGGCCAGGCCACCAUCAAGUCUCUCAAUGAGUUCCUCUGCGACCCGUACAGUAAGGACCCCAGCGCCGGCUCGCCCCAAGACGCCGCACAGGAGACGACGGGGCACAGUCCCUGCUGUUCGAUCCUCAAACAAGCCAAGCAGAAAAACCAGAUCGGCAACGCGGAGCACAAUAACAGCAGUAGCUCGGAGGGAGCUCUGGACGACGACGAGAUCGACUGGUGGUGUAAAUUCUUCGCCUCCGCCGGCGAUCAGAGAGACUUCACCGAUUACGUGCAGCAGGGAUACGACACCAUCGAGGUAUACCCUUGUGCGCUGGAGGACUUACCCCAAUUUAAGGGGCUCGAGGAUUUCUGCCACACCUUCAAGCUGUCCAGGAGUCGAGCCCCCGAUGAUGAUGACCCCAUGGUGGUCGGAGAGUUCAAGGGCUCGUUUAAAAUCUACCCCCUCCCCGAAGACCCCACCAGCUCCCUGCCCCCCGCUCAGUUUCGCCAGUUGCCACCAAGCGAGCCCCAGGUGUGUACGGUCAGGCUUUAUGUUGUCCGAGCCCUCAACCUGCAGCCAAAAGACCGCAACGGACUGUGUGAUGCCUACAUUAAGCUGUCGCUGGGGAAGGUCACCGUGGAUGAUCGAGAGGGAUAUGUUCCCAAUACGUUAAACCCCGUGUUCGGCAGGAUGUACCAGCUCUCGGCCAUCAUCCCGUUGAACAAGGACCUGAAAGUCUCCGUCUAUGACUACGAUCUGGUCAGUCAGGACGAGAAGAUCGGAGAGACUGUCAUCGACUUGGAGAACCGCUUCCUGUCUCGUUUUGGGGCUCGCUGUGGCCUCCCCCAAACCUAUUGCAUGCAGGGUUCAAACCAAUGGCGCGAUCAGCUCACACCCCUACAACUCCUCGAUAACUUUGCCAGCGUAAAGAAUUACCCCUCUCCCAUGGUCCACGCCAGCGGCAAAAAGAUCAGCAUCGGAGACCAGAGUUACCUUCUGGAGGAUUACGAGAAGAGGAAGUCUCCCUACAUGAGUGUGGGGCUGCCAGAGGAGAGGCUCUCGCUGUAUCUGCUCCACAAACACAACAUGAUUCCUGAACACGUCGAGACGAGGACCCUGUUCAACAAAACCCAACCCGGGAUUGACCAGGGUAAGCUGCAACUCUGGGUUGACCUAUUUCCAAAGGCAUUUGGCCAGCCAGGCCCACCCUUUGACAUCACUCCCAGGAAACCUAAGAGGUAUGUUCUCCGCUGUAUAAUCUGGAACACGAGUGAAGUCAUUCUGGAGGAGAAGAGUAUAAUGGGAGAGAAAAUGAGUGACAUUUACAUCCAGGGGUGGAUGUCUGGGCUGACCACAGACAAGCAGAAGACCGAUGUGCAUUACAGAUCUCUGGACGGGGAGGGCAACUUUAACUGGCGGUUCAUCUUCCCCUUCGAUUAUUUGGCCGUGGAGAGAGUUCUCGUCAUCAGCAGCAAGGAGCGGGUUUGGAGCCUGGACGAGACGGAGAAGAAAAUCCCCCCCGUGCUAGUCAUCCAACUGUGGGACAAUGACAAAUUCUCUUUCGACGACUAUCUAGGAACGUUGGAGCUGAACCUGAACUCGUUCCGGAGUCCCACCAAGUGGCCGGAGAACUGCUCCCUGGACAGGUUCCACGGGGAGAGCGGGUCGGAGAAGCUGCAGAAGCUGGUGUCCAUCUUCAAACAGAAGCACGCGGGGUGGUGGCCGUGUGUCAAGCAGAAGGACAGCAAUCGGCAGCUCGCGGGUAAAGUGGAGAUGAGUCUGGAGGUGGUGACGGAGAGUGAGGCUGAGGAGAGACCGGCGGGGAAAGGGAGGGACGAGCCCAACAUGAACCCCAGACUGGAAGAGCCAAACCGUCCAGACACCUCCUUCCUGUGGUUCCAGUCUCCGCUGAAGGUCCUGAGACACAUAUUUUGGCGGAAAUACAAGUGGUGGGUGAUCGCUGGCUUUGUCAUCUUCCUUCCGCUCCUCUUCAUCAUGCUCUUCAUUUACGCCUUCCCUAAUGUUUUAGCAAACAUUUUCCUGCAGUCCACCAGAUCCCAGCGCUAGGGGAGCCCCCCGCCCGG